ACCGGUGACGUCGCGAGCGGGCUGCCCGCCGAUUGGCUGUGGCGGCUCCGGCGCGGAGGUCGUAAGGCCCGGUGAGGGGACGUACUGAGGUGACUUCGGGUUGGGCUCCGCCGCUGCCCGUAGCCGGCGUCCGCCGCGCUAAGUGGUUCGGAGACCUUCCGGGCUGAGGUCGAAGUAGCUACAGAUAAUUUCAGCGAUCUUAAACUCUCGUCAGAAUGCCGCGUUGAAUAGCUGCCGUCUAGCAAUAGCGCUCGUCUUUCCCUCCGCGCUCCGCUUGCCGCCAGGCCCCAUGGCAGCCGCCGCGCCCCAUAGUGCCGUAUCAGGACAUGGACUGGGACCAGUUUGACCUGAACCCGAAGGUGAUUGCUGCCCUUAAGAAAGCUGACAUAAAAUCAAUAAAAGAGGUGUUAAAUCUUUCUGGAGCAGACUUGCAAAGGUUGAUGAAGCUGUCCAGUGCAGAUGUGGAGUGUUUGCUGAAAACGGUCUCUCGCACUCUGAGGAAAAACUGUAUGCUUACAGCACUUCAGCUCUACCAAGAUAAGGAUUGUUUGUCCUCCCAGUGCCAGAAGCUAAGCCUGGGAUGUUCGGUGCUUGAUGACUUGUUGAAAGGUGGCAUUCCUUUAGUGGGAAUCACAGAACUUGCUGGGGAAAGUUCUGCUGGGAAGACUCAGAUUGGUUUGCAGCUGUGUCUUUGUGUGCAGUAUCCUUACAGAUACGGUGGAUUAGAGUCGGGAGCUGUCUACAUUUGUACAGAAGAUGCAUUCCCAAGUAAACGUUUGCAACAGCUGAUAGCUCAACAGCAUAAACUGCGUGCAGAUGUGCCACCUGAAAUCAUACAAAAGAUCAGGUUUGGGAACAGUAUCUUUGUUGAGCAUGCAGCAGACCUGGACACCUUCCACAACUGCAUUACGAAGAGGCUCUCCCUGCUGCUCACGAGAGGCACGGUGCGCUUGGUGGUCAUCGAUUCCAUUGCUGCUUUGUUUCGAUGUGAAUUUGGAGCUUCAGAUUCUGUUCUGAAGGCUCGCUACUUGCAGACAUUUGGAGCACAGCUCCAUGGCUUAAGCACCAGAUUCAGGACUCCAAUAAUGUGCAUUAAUCAGGUGACCGAUGCUGUGAGUGAGUCAGAAGCUGUGCAGUGUGGCUACAGUACUGCUGACAGCAGAGUCUUUCCAGCACUCGGAAUAACCUGGGCAAAUCAGCUGCUAAUGAGACUGAUGGUCAGCAGAGUGCCACAACCUGAACCAACACCUGGAGCUGUGUCACACCACCCUGCAAGCGUGAGGACUUUAAGAGUAGUGUUUGCUCCUCAUCUACCUCCAUCCUUCUGCUGCUAUACAGUAAGAUUGGAAGGUGUGAAAGGAAUGAAGGUGAAGAACAGCCAGAUGAACUUGUUCGUCCACGCUUUCCAAAGGCCUUAAAACUUACUGUGUUUGGUGGGUGUGUGCUGUGGUCAGUGGGUGACGCUCACUUGUAUCAUAUAGUGUUAAGAUUUCACACAUUUCCCUUUCCCUCUCCCAUCUCACCCCUUCUCCCCAGGUUACCCAAUCUGCAUUUAUAAGUGACCACAAUAAUUUUUUAAAUUGUUUUUUAAAAUAAAACCCAACGAUGAAGCUUUUAA